UUGCGUUCGCUCGCAUUUUUGUUUUGGCAGCUUGCUUGCUGCUCUUUUUACUUCUUGUCUACAUCGAAAGUGCGAAUCGAGGUACCUACUAAACAACUUUAGAAUUCCAUAAUUACUUUUGGCGGAUUCAAGGAACGCUACAAUGGCAGACUCUGGCAUGGGUCGUGGCCGCGGCCUGGCUCUGCUACAGGCCCUGAAGAAAUCACAAAGGAUGGACUCUCCGCCACAAUCUGAACAACCUACACCGGACCCCACUCCUGGGCCCAGUGUUACCCCCAGUGUGGUAAGUUCCACAAGUGGAGCAACUUCAACCACUUUAGGUGGGAGAGGUAAAAUGGCUGCGAUGAUGUUGGCAAAGAUGGCUCCAAAACCUGGAGGUACAACUCCCGCCUCGGAUGUCAGCCCGAAUGUUGUCCCAGUAAGGGGUGCCGGUCGAGGCAUAAAGCUUUUGCAAAAUUUGAAAGCCAUGCAACAGACCGAGAAGCCUCCAGAAAGUAGAAUUGCAUCCGACGUCGAAGCAGUCACACAUAGAAUGGCUGAAAGCGCAAUUUCGAGUACUGUCAAUACUGAGAAAUCAUCAGUCGCCAGGAAUAAGUAUUUUAAAGAGGUGAAGGAUUCUCCACCUGUGGUUAUGAAAGGAGAGUCGGGUACUCCUUGUGAAAUAACCGCCAACUUUAUAUACUUGAAGUUUGAAGAGAACAAUGUGUUCGAAUAUGACGUCUCAUAUGACCCAGAUCAGGAUUACAAGUCGUUGCGGUUCAAAUUACUAAACGAGCACAACCACUACUUCAAAGAAAAGACUUUCGACGGCACAACUUUGUAUGUGCCACACAAAUUGCCAGAUGAAGCUACUAACUUAGUCUCAACGAAUCCCUUUGAUAACAGCAAAGUUAACAUUACUAUCAAAUUUCGGAGGACGCGGCGGCUCAGCGAAAUGGUGCAUAUAUACAAUGUGCUGUUCAAACACAUCAUGAAGGAUCUGCAACUAGUACGGUUUGGGAGACAAUUCUUCAACGAACAUUCCGCCAUUCAGAUACCGCAACACAAGCUUGAAGUGUGGCCGGGCUACGUGACAGCAGUAGACGAGUACGAAGGUGGUUUGAUGUUGACGUUGGACUCGACGCAUCGCGUUCUGCGCACGCAAUCUGUUCUCUCGCUCAUCAAGGAGGCGGCGCAGACGCAGGGCAACAACUGGAAGAGAAUUGUCUCCGAUCAGCUGCUCGGGUGUUCUGUUAUGACUACUUAUAACAAGAAGCUGUUCAGGGUGGACUACAUUGAUGACAAAAUGACCCCAAAAUCGACUUUCGAGAAGAAUGAGAAAGGAGAAAUGGUGAAAAUAUCCUACAUUGACUAUUACAAGAAGAAUUAUGGUAUUGACAUCAUGGACUGGGAUCAGCCAAUGUUGAUUUCCAAGGAAACAAAGCGCAUGCCAGGUUCAGACGCGCCGACAGAGUUCCUCAUCUGCUUAGUUCCCGAGUUGUGCCAGAUGACAGGUUUGACUGACGACCAGCGCAGCAACUUCCGCCUCAUGAAGGAUGUCGCCACUUACACGCGCAUCACGCCCAACCAACGACAUGCUGCUUUUAAGAAGUACAUACAAAACGUCUUAAAAAACGAAACAGCAGUGAGACGUCUCAAAGGUUGGGGCCUAAGCAUAGCCCCGGAAACGAUCAACCUGACAGCAAGGACACUUGACCCUGAAGUGUUGUACUUUGGGAACAAUAUCAAAGUACCAGGCAAACCCAAUGCGGAUUGGAACGGAGAUGUUUGCAGACAACCCGUGAUGCAAGCCGUUGAUAUACUCCGUUGGGCCGUCAUAUUUACAGACCGGGAUAAGCAAGUCACUCAAAGCUUCCUAGAAACCCUCAAACGGUGUUGUACUCCAAUGGGCAUCAACGUUUCGCCGCCAGAAAUGGUUCGUCUGCCAAACGACCGUACAGACUCGUAUAUCCAGGGUCUGAGGAAGACGAUAACGCAGUCUCUCCAACUCGUAGUCGCCAUCUGUCCGACGGCAAGAGACGACCGAUACGCUGCCAUCAAGAAGAUCUGUUGUGCUGAUUAUCCUAUACCUUCUCAGGUAAUAAAUGCGCGCACGAUAAUGAACCAGCAGAAGAUCCGCUCGAUAACGCAGAAGAUCUUGCUGCAAAUUAACUGCAAGCUGGGCGGGUCGCUGUGGAACAUCAGCAUCCCCUACAAGGCGGCAAUGAUCAUCGGCAUUGACUCCUACCACGACGCUGGGAGGAAGAAGCGAAGCGUGUGCUCGUUCAUAGCGUCGUAUAACCAGUCGAUGACGCACUGGUACUCGCGCGUAAUAUUCCAAGAGCGAGGACAGGAGAUCGUAGACGGAUUGAAGUCAUGUCUCGUGGACUCCUUGACGCACUACCUGCGAAACAACGGGAGACUGCCCGACCGAGUCAUCAUGUACAGAGACGGCGUCGGCGACGGCCAGUUGAAGAUAAUCAAGGAGUAUGAGAUCCCGCAGAUGCAGAUAUGCUUCUCCCUCCUCGGGGAGACGUACAAGCCCACAUUGACAUACGUCGUGGUGCAGAAGCGGAUCAACACGAGGAUAUUCAUGAAGGUCGGCGGCGGCUACGAGAACCCGCAUCCCGGCACUGUGUUAGAUCAUGGCGUCACAAGGCGUGAUUGGUACGACUUCCUGAUCGCGUCGCAGAAGGUGAACCAAGGGACGGUGACCCCAACCCACUACGUGGUAGUCCACGACGACAGUGGUAUGACGCCUGAUCAGUGCCAGCGGCUCACCUACAAAAUGUGCCAUCUGUAUUACAACUGGCCCGGCACAGUGCGAGUACCUGCCCCCUGCCAGUACGCCCACAAACUCGCCUACCUCAUCGGACAAAGCGUCCACGACCUACCCUCCGAUAAACUAGCAGAUAAGCUCUAUUUCUUAUAAUAUGCUCUAUGCAUUCCCACUUUAUAAAUAUAAGUAGUAGUUAGUAUAAGGACAAUGCUCGUAAAGUAAUAAUGGAAGGAAAUGCUCACGUGACGGUGGAAAAAUGUCUUGUCUAUGAUGCCGAUUCGGGCAGCCAUCAACAUCAUUUUUGUUGAUUUAAAACUAGCUCUAACUCUUUCUUGCACUUAUUGUAAGUGAAGGACGACACUAGUUCAAGAGCUGUCAAAUGAAAAUUAGGUUAAGUUUGUGUGCGCCCGUAUAGGCACCAAUACGUGGUAAGUUUUUACCAAACAUUACCAUUAGCCAAAAAAUCAAACGAUCCGGACUUACUAGCGGGAUGAGGGGCGCGAUCACUUGCAAUACGGCUGCGUGCCACUAUGAAAACACUGCGACAGUUUAUGGCGGAAUAGCUAUCAACACGUGUUUUUUCUAUAUCUCUUAAGAUCAAUAAUUAUCCGUUUUUACAGUCCGCUGAUAUGUUAUUACAAUCACCAAUCUAGAUAUGUACUCCUUUUCAGUCACCACUUCAUAAUGGAACUUUUUUUACCUUUUUUUUUUGACGUGACUUAUUGUAGAUUUGCCGCAGAUGGCAUUAACUACUUGGCCGGACAAAUGGGGAGCGCUGAAGGCUCUCACCCGGUACAAAGUUUAAGACGACAGGCCUGAGGGUGCCCAGUUGGGCGCGAACCUCGGCUCAGGGCGUCGUCUGAGAGGAAAAAUAUUUGAAAGAAUUAAUCGACCCUAGUGGGUCGAUAGCGAUAAGCGCUGAAUGAGGGAAAUCGUCGACCACGCCGGC